UGGUUUGGCUAACACCCCUCUCAACUCCAAUAGAUCCCCCUGCCCUUCCCUUCAAGCCAAACGUUAACUGUUUGACUUAUGUUUUUUAUGGUUUCAAUUGUAAAAUAACCCAAUUUAUAGGCAAAUAGAAAACCCAAGUCGAGUCAGUUCAACACCAUGAGUCGCCAGCUAAAGUUCCAUCUCCAAGCUCCCGAAGACGAGGAGUUCCCAGCGGAUCUGGUUGAGAUCAAUCUGAACCCCAACUGCGGCCAGGUCAAGCAGAAAUCAGCCCAGGCUCUAGACCAACUGCUUCUGGCCACUCCAACUCACAGAGGCUAUCCCUACGGAUAUGCGGAGGAUUCUGAGCCGGAGACCUAUUUCUGCCGGAAGAGCAACUCCACUGGGCAGCUGGCCGAGAAGGUAUCGCCACCUCCACCGGCGGCCACCAACAUAAGUUGCCUCCGACAGAUGUACUGUCCGGAGUGCCACGAAAGACUGCACGAGCAGGGAGUCCGGCUGGAGCGCCUCCUGACCAUGUGCUGCUUUGCCCUGCUGCCCAUUUAUCCCUGCUGCCCGAGACGCUCCGCCAACGACUGCAAGGUCAUCUGUGGCAAAUGUGGAUACCUCUUGGGGGCAUGGAAAAGACAAUGAGAUAUGGGGGAAAACCGUGGGAGGAGGGGAUUCGAAGUGGGUGCUUCGCAUUUAAUUAUUUGUUUUGAAUAUUUUUAAGCACUUUUUUGUUGACCUUGCGGAGAGUGAUGAGCGCU